AUGGUGCUGUUCUUCACUCCCCGGGGAAACGAUGAGACGAAACACUACAUCUACAUGGGACGUGACAAGGUCGAGAACGAGGACCUGAUCAAGUGGGGCCUCCCCGAGGAUGUGUGGUUCCACGUCGACAAGAUGUCUUCCGCUCACGUCUACAUGCGCGUCAAGAAGGGCCAGACGUGGGACGACCUCACCGAGGAGGAGCUCGAGGAUUGCGCGCAGCUCGUCAAGGCGAACAGCAUCCAGGGCAACAAGGAGAACAACGUCUGGAUCGUGUACACGCCGUGGGCCAACCUGAAGAAACUUCCCCGGAUGGAGGUGGGUCAGGUCGGGUACCACGACCUGAAGCUGGUGCGCAGGAUCAAGGUGGAGAAGCGCCAGAACGAGAUCGUCAACAGGCUCAACAAGACCAAGCGAGAGGAGUACCCGGACCUGGCGGCGGAGCGAGAGGCGUACGACGUGGAGGUUCGGGAGGAGAAGAAGCGGGCGUUUCGUGAGGCGGAGAACGCGCGGCUCGAGGAGGAGAGGGCGAGGGAGGCGGACAGGGACGCGCGGGACUACAAGCACAUAAUGGACGGGGACAAGAUGAUGACCAACAAGGACAUCGCCGCCAAGUACGAAUCCGUCUCGGACUACGAGGACGACUUCAUGUGA